GGCGGUGGCAGUGGUGGAAGAAGAGGCGGCGGCGGCGGGGGUAGGGAGCCUGGAAACGCGAGCGGGGAUGGUAGGUGGUUUGGACCCGCCGGGCCGCCGUCGUUUCCAGAAAGGGUUUGACUGGAGGAACCUCUGGAGCAGCUGCUUUUGGACAAACUCUUCUGAAAGGUGGGCAACCUAGAAAGCCAGUUGAUGCCACUUGCUAUUGGAGUUGUGGGUUGGCUGGCUCCUCUGGCUGAUGGCAUGUUGAGGUACAUGGGCCAGUGGCAGCGAGGGCAUCCGAUCCAGAGGGGGCCACUCUAGAGGCCGGGCCACCAGCACCAUGGGCCAGUGUGUCACCAAGUGUAAGAAUCCCUCAUCGACCUUGGGCAGCAAGAAUGGAGACCGUGACCCCAGCAACAAGUCACACAGCAGGCGGGGUGCAGGCCACCGUGAGGAGCAGGUACCACCCUGUGGCAAGCCAGGUGGAGAUAUCCUUGUCAACGGGACCAAGAAGGCCGAGGGUGCCACUGAGGCCUGCCAGCUGCCGACAUCCUCGGGAGAUGCUGGGAGGGAGUCCAAGUCCAAUGCCGAGGAGUCUUCUUUGCAGAGGUUGGAAGAACUGUUCAGGCGCUACAAGGAUGAGCGGGAGGAUGCAAUUUUGGAGGAAGGCAUGGAGCGCUUUUGCAAUGACCUAUGUGUCGACCCCACAGAAUUUCGAGUGCUGCUCUUGGCUUGGAAGUUCCAGGCUGCAACCAUGUGCAAAUUCACCAGGAAGGAGUUUUUUGAUGGCUGCAAAGCAAUAAGUGCAGACAGCAUUGACGGAAUCUGUGCACGGUUCCCUAGCCUCUUAACAGAAGCCAAACAAGAGGAUAAAUUCAAGGAUCUCUACCGGUUUACAUUUCAGUUUGGCCUGGACUCUGAAGAAGGGCAGCGGUCACUGCAUCGGGAAAUAGCCAUUGCCCUGUGGAAACUAGUCUUUACCCAGAACAAUCCUCCGGUAUUGGACCAAUGGCUAAACUUCCUAACAGAGAACCCCUCGGGGAUCAAGGGCAUCUCCCGGGACACUUGGAACAUGUUUCUUAACUUCACUCAGGUGAUUGGCCCUGACCUCAGCAACUACAGUGAAGAUGAGGCCUGGCCAAGUCUCUUUGACACCUUUGUGGAGUGGGAAAUGGAGCGAAGGAAAAGAGAAGGGGAAGGGAGAGGUGCACUCAGCUCAGGGCCCGAGGGCUUGUGUCCCGAGGAGCAGACUUAAUGGCUCUGUCCCAGGAGCAGCAGCAAGGAUCUGCCAGCUGCCCUGCAGCCAACAGAGGAAUUGGACCAUUUUGGAAAUUACUGAAGAUCCGGAUAUUUUCUACUUUACACCUUUCUCUGCCUUGUAUCUGAAAGGGCUCUAAAAUGCUGUAUCAUGUUUUAGGCACUUUCUUCAUUUUUUUGGUUAUUUUGGUUAUUUCCUUUUUGAGGGGAUCUCCCAGAAUAUUUGAACCUGGUUACAUGUUGUGUAUCUUUUUUUGAAGCCUUCAGAUAGGAUAAGCCUGCCAUUUCUUGCACAAAUUAGGUGUUUUUUUUGUUUUUUUGUUUUGUUUUGUUUUGUUUUUCCACUAGGGGAGGGCAUAGAGCAGGGAGGGGGAUGGGACUGUUAGGUUGAAUUAACAUUACAAAAUGAUGCAGUGCCAGAUCUCAGUUUUGCAUAUUGUUUUUCAGGGCAGGUCUGUACUGUGUGUAGUGCUGUUUACAUGGUUGAAUUUAGGUUGUAAUAAUUAUUUUUAAAGAUUUACACAGAUUUGAAUAGCAGUGUUAACUGUUAACCACAUUGCAUUAAUUCCCAGGCGAUUUAGAGCUCUUGGAGAGCCAAGGCCAGCCAAGAGCAUGUGUAGUCUGGUGACAACCCCCUUUUAAGCUAAUUUAUCCAGAACCCUGAUUUCCCUCACUUCUUGCUCAUUCCUUCUUUGACCUAUUGCAUUUCAUGUUGAGUUUUUCCAUCAACAUGCUGCACCUGUCAGUCAAGUGAGCAUUUUUUAAGAACAUGUUGUACUGAGAACCACUUAAGCAUUGAAUGCAGCAGAGAAAGCAGUGCUACCUCAGUUUUGCUGGAAGUAGACUUCUUUGAUAGUUUCCUUUCUUUGAUGAAGUUUCUGGAUUUUCAUGUUGUAAGUGGAAAUACUUUUUUUUGUUUGUUUGUUUCAUUUACCUUGGAGCCAAAGUCUCUGUUCCUGGUGGUCGGGAAACUGCCUGCCGGCCAACUGACUUGAAGGAAAACUGUGGUAUGGAGCUCUGCUUGAAUUUUUUUGUUAAAUAUUUUUAUUUUUUUCUUUGAAUAUCAUCAGCUUACUUGUCUGGCAAGGGCAGAAGCCUGGGGUUGGCCUGAACUCUGCCAAACAAAUAUCAAAGUGUAUUUAAUAGUUAAAUUUGUGCCCUUUCCCUUCUUGCUGCACCCAUGUUGUCACUUAACCCCCAGGAGUUAUUUAUUAUCUUUUUGUUAAAGUCAGGCUCAUUUGGGGUAAUGUGAUGACUGUUUAGGUUUACAUGACCCUCCUCUCCUUUCCCUACCCCCAAAUAUGUAUAUAUACAUAUAUAAAAUAUGUAUAUAUUUUACCUAUAUAAAAUAUAUAUAUAUACACAUAUAUGUAUCUAUAUUCCUUUGUUUCUUUGCCUGCUUAUACUGGCCAUAAAAGAGGGAGCUGCCUUCAAUGUAUAAAGUAUAAGAAGAGUGCCAGGGAAUGCCAUAAUGGAGGCUUUUGGAUCUGAAUUUGGACCAUUUUCACUAAAGAGAACAUGAGUUUUGCUCAGCCCUUUCCUAACAAGAGGGAGGGCCUGGUUCCCCAGACUUCUUCACGCGCUCGCUCCAUAAGGCCAGCUUUGGCCAGACUGCCUCAGGGGCCUGAGGAACUGACUCUGGUCCUACCUGGUUUCAGUUAGAGGGUCCUCCUGUUAUUUUCCCAUUUAAAAAGUAUGUCCUCAGAAAACUGUACUGGAAGGAUGAGUGGCAGGAACUUGUAUAGUUCAGCUGCCAACACUUUGGAACAGAUUAAAAAGGGAAUCUUUUAAAUAAAAACUUAUAAAAAUAUUUAUACUCUUGAGGUAAUGAGACUUUGUCUAUUAAACAUUUGGAGGUUUUUCCCCUAACCUAAUACCCUGCUGUGUCCCAGGUAUGUUUCUCAGCCUGGGCAGGAAUUGCAUGUUUUGAGUUCCAUUGUGAGCAGCCUUAUAGCUCUGGGCUCCCAGCUUAAGGGUUAUUAAAUAGUUUUGGCAGUCAAUAUUUUUCUAAAAUUGAUAUUGACCAUAAGGAACAUACUUGGAAUUUUUUUUUUUUUUUUUUAAUCCUAAAGCUGACAGUUCCUCCUUCAGAGGGGCAAAUGGGAAACUUUAAGAUCAUUCACGAUAUAGUACUGCUAGAAAGCUGGAGGGGGUCUUGGGCCAGAUGCCUGGCUUCUGUUCUAGCUAAAUAAAGCUCUGGAGUUAAGUCUCCAGGGGUCCCAGCAGGUUCUGUGGGAUCAGCUGUAGCUGGGUACCCAGACUGAGGUUUUAAAAAGACUGCUGUUUCAUUAAGCCAUUUGCAACUCAUUUUCCUCGGUUCUGGAUUGGGUAGUGGUUGACUGAGGGAAAAGGCAGGCUGCACUUGGCCAGGUAAGGCCCUUUCCAUCCCAGAUCAGGGUGUAUUGAGAGAGAGGUGCGCAAAAGAGGGAGGCAGCCCAGGACCCUGAGUAGAGAAACUAGGUUCCUUCCCCACCCUUUAAGAAGACAUUCCGUGCAUUAGGUGUACUAGAGUGGGUGGAUUUUGUUGUUUUUUAAAUUAACUAUUUAGACUCCUCAUCCCCCACCAAAAAAGCCAUUUAGUUAUUUUUUGGUUAUAUUGAUCCAUUUGCAAAUGAGAAGCCAGAAAAGGGAGCAGUCAGGGAGGGACUUACAAGUUCCUUCCAAGUUUGAGUAUUUGAUGCCCAGCAAAGAUUUCAAGCUUCUGCAGUCACUCUGGGCCAAUGCUUGACUCUUUCAUGACCACAAGAAAUGCAGUUUUUCUGCAGAGGGAUCCAAGGUGAGGUGUGUGUAGGGUUUGAAGUUAUACUUCUGGGAAAUGAAAAGCCUUGUUCCUUUCAACCUAGAAAUAGGUUUGCCACUUAAUGAGUGGUAAGUCUGUGUAAGAGGCUGAAUGUAUGCCCCUUAGGUAAGCCAGUACACUCCUUGCUUAGCAAUAGAACAUCAGGGUGAUGUGGAGAGGGGCAGGAUGUGGAUGCCACUUUGGAAAUUGGCAAUAUCUGAGGAUGACAACAAACUGUGUGUUGGGAAAUAAGAAACAACUCAGUUUUGACAAAUGGCUUUGUAAGCUUUUGUGAUGUUCCUUUAGCAAUUUAUUAGAAAGAUGGUGUGAGAUGACGUGCUGCAUCAUGGAAUUGCUCUUUCCCCCAUCUUUGCCAAAUCUCAAUGUAUCGUUCUUAACCCUACCUCCUGUAAGGGGCUUUGCUAUGCUUCAGCUCGUCGUCUCAGCAGCUGAAGUGCUGCCUACCUAUGUGAGUUGGGUCCAGGAACCCAUGUCUGCCCCUCUGAUAAGGGAAGAUGAAUCUAGAGCUGGGUUAAGAUCUAAAUUUUAACCAAACUCCUGGGCCCAGGAAAAUAACAAUUGAAAACAUACAAGGCAGUGUUUUUAGUAUUAAACUUCCCCAAGGAAGGCACAAACUAGUCUUUUUGGAAAGGGAGAAAGGAUUAAGCCACACAGUAUUAGUCUUUGAAGCAGUACUGGUCUCCAGGGGCUGGUGCCGAAUGCUGGAGGCUGCAGGGUGUGGAACCCCAUAGUACACUUGAUGGCCUCAUGUACUACAUACUAUGCCAAAUUGUAUUGAACAGUGGUGGGAAGUUACUGGGAUAAGAACUUGUCUAAAAGUUUACAAACCAAAACAGAUCUGUUGGGUCGGUGCAAAAGUAAAUUUUUGCCAUACUUUAUGUAUGUUUUUGCCAUUAAGUAUGGCAAAAACCACAAUUACUCUUACACCAACCUAUAUAUUUAGGAGUGUUUGGUUUGCCAGAUUCCAAAUGAGGUCUUCAGUGCAGUGAAGCCCAAAAGGUAGACUCAGUUAUGCAAUGACAAGGUUAAGGCAUGGAAGAAAGCUGCUGCUAGGUUUUUGUUGCCUUUUACUUGACUGCUUUGCUAUUUUUCUUCUUUCUCAUGUUUGGUUAGCUAUGACUUGAGCAUCUUGGUAACUGACAAAGGUCUUCCUUGGGGGACUUGAACAUCUUGGUAAAUGAUGGGUCUUCCUUGGAGGAGGACUCCAGCAGUAUCUUGUUUAAAUGACUGAAAGAACUAUGAAGGUUGUUGAAUUGUGUUAAUUGGGACUCAUUGACGAAAUGCAACAUUGAUCCUCCUCUUACUCCACAGUGUGUUUUCAGAUCAUAUAAAGGUUCCCAUCCACCCCCCUUCAGAGUUUAUUCCUAUGACAAGCUGUAAUUGCAUAUCCAGUUUAAACUGGACUGGGACUGCAUGUUGGUGAAGAUCAGCAGGGAUUUUCUCCCUUUUCGAAAGACGAAAUAGAUUCUUGAGCACUGGUUGCAGAAGCCAAAAUAGUUCAAAUAGCUUUGCAUAACGAUUGGGUUCUGCUUCUGAUUCAGGUGCUGGGCAUCAUGUCCUCCCUAUUCUUCUCUUCUUGGAAACCCAGCCUAUCUCAUAGAUACCUACUUCUGCCACCCAUCCAACUUCCCUGCUCCUUUCAACACAAAUCUUGGAUAUUGCCAAAGGAAGCCAUUCAGCAGCUGCUGGGGUUUUUCAUUCCCCCGACACGCAUACAUUUGCUCUGGGAGAAGUGUCUUCCCUCUGACCCUGGUCCCCAGCUCCGUCUGUGAUUAAUUGCUCUUACCUGUUGCACUAAUGAAUAUGACUCUAGGUUUUAAAGGGGGAAUGUGAAGCAAUAGGCAAAUGGGGCUUGGAUGAAUUGGUCCCACAGAUAUACCCUGCCUUAAGCCGCUGAGGUGAUGAGUCCACUGCUCAUGUGACCCUCCACCUUUGUGGAUCCCUCUUGGUUUGUGACCAGUGUGUCUGUUUGUUGAGGUUGUACAAACUUGACAAAAGUUAAUACUUUUGUUUGUAUUCUCUGCACUGUUGCACUCUCCAAAUGGCCCCUUGAGUAUUUUUAUUGACUUGUUACACACAUUUUUGUCUUUGAUGUCUACAUUUUUUCCUUUAAUGUUUUUUAUUUGGACGGUUAUCUGCUGUUGGAUUUAAUAAAUUUGUUUACUUGA